AUGAAAAGAGAAUUAAAUAACGAAAAAUCAAAUAAAACUUUUAAUAUAAAAAAUAAGAAAAGCAAUAUUGAAGAAAAUUUAAGCAGAAAAAAAUAUAAUAGAAUGAAUGUAGAAUAUACUAAUAAAAAGACUCAAGAAGAAAAGGUUAUUCAUAAAAAAAACAAAGAAAUAAAUGUAGAUUUACUAUGUAAUAUAGAGAAAAAGGAAAUAAAAAAGAUAAAAAGAAAUAACAAUGAAAUAAAUAAAAAGUCUUUAAAAGAUAAAAAAAGUAAUUUCAAAAAGAAAAUAAAAGAAAUAAACAAUGAAAAAUCUAUUAAAAAUAACGAAGAUAGUUUAAAAAAUACUAACAUUGAUGAUAAUAAUAAAAAUAAUAUAAUAGAUAAAAAUUCAUUGUGGAGUGAUUUAUAUAUAUCAAGGCCAUUUUUAAAAGUAUUAUAUGAAUUAAAAUUUAACAAUCCAACUUUUAUCCAAAAAGAUGUUAUACCAUUAGCAUUAGAAGGAAAAAGUAUUUUAGCUAAUUCUGAAACAGGAUCAGGAAAAACUUUAGCCUUUGUAUUGCCAAUAUUAGAAAGAUUAUUACAUAGCGCAAAUGUAAAAAUGAGAAAAAAUAAUCCAAAAAGUUUAUCUGUAACAAAAAGUUUAAUACUAUUACCAACAAGAGAACUUGCAUUGCAAUGCUAUGAUGUUAUUAGAUCAUUAACGAAAUAUGUUUUAAUUACCUACUCUCUUUUUUGUGGAGGAAUAGAUAUAAAACAACAAGAAUAUGAAUAUAAGAAAAAAAAGGAUAUAUUUAUAUGUACACCUGGUAGGAUUCUAGAUUUAUUACUAAAUUCUUCAAGUGAUUUUAUUAAUUUUUUGGAAAUUGUUGUUUUUGAUGAAGCUGAUAAGUUAUUAGAAUUGGGAUUUAAGGAAGAAUGUUUAAAAAUAUUAGAUGUAUGUAAAUAUAAAAAACAAAUUUUAUUUUUUUCAGCGACACUAACAAAUGAUAUAAAAGAAUUAGUAAACUUUUCUUUAAAAAAUCCUAUUUUUAUUCAAAGUGGUGAAAAUUGUGAAAUAGAUAAGAAAUUUACAAAAGGUGAUAAAAUUUUAAAAACUUUUAAAAUAUCUGAAAACUUAAAUCAAGAAUUUGUAAAUAUUGUUCAAGAAAAAUACAGAAAAGCUGCCUUAUUAUAUUUGUGUAGUAACAUUUAUAAAAAUCAUGCUAUAAUUUUUUUUAAAACUAAAAGGGAAACUCAUUUAAUGCAUACAAUAUUCAAGUUGCUUAAUUUUAAAUGUGCAGAAUUGCAUGGAUCAUUAACUCAAAAAAAAAGAAUAGAAUCCAUUUUAAUGUUUAAGAAAAAAGAAGUUAAUUUUUUAUUAACUACAGAAUUAGCAUCAAGAGGAUUAGAUAUUGACCAUGUUCUCUAUGUUAUUAAUUACAACAUACCUUCUAAUGUUGUUAAGUAUGUUCAUAGAAUAGGUAGGACAGCAAGAAUUGGAAAGAAAGGAACUGCCAGUACUUUAUACUUACUUAAAGAAAAAAUUCACGUUAAGAAAAUAAUUAAAGGAUUGAAAAAAAACAAAAAUUUAAAAAUUUUUAAGAGGAAUAUUGCUAAAGAUAAUAUUUUGCAUUGGUAUAAUAUUCUUAAAAAAAAUAAAGAGAAAAUAAAGGAAAUAAUAGAACAAGAAAAGACAGAAAAGGAAAUAGAAAAAUCUAAAAAAUCAAUAGAAAAAAUAAAAAAUCUUAUAACAUAUAAGGAUGAAAUAUUAAAUAGACCUCCUAGAACAUGGUUUUUAACAAAAAAAGAAAAAAUAGACUUGAAAAAAUCUACAAAAAAAAACAAUGAGUUAAAUGAUUUAGUUAAUGGAAAAAAAAAAUUACCAUUAAAUGAAAAUGACAAUAAUUCGAAAAAUAAUAGGAAGGUAUGUAAAUUAGAAAAAAAUAAAAAAAUAAAAAAUAAUAAUGAGGAAAAAAAAAAAUUAAAAAGUUAUCAAGCAAUUAUAAAAGACUUAAAAUUAAAUAUUCUUCAUAAUAAAAAUAAUUCUUCUAAGAAUAUUUUAAAGAAUAAUAAAAAUGAAGUAUUUAAAAAAAAUUAUAUGAACAUAAGAAAAAACUCUAAAAGGGUAAAAAAAUUGGAAAAGAAUAAUAAAAAUUUUAAUAAAUAUUCAAAAAAGAAAAAUAAAAAAAAUUAA